GACUAAAAUCUAACAGUUUAUUCAGCAUUUGGGAUUGGAAGAACCUUGCUAAAAUGCGUGGACUUUGCAUCUGCCUCGUCUUUGUCCUUGUCUGCGGUCUCGUGUCGGGCAUGGCUGCUGCCCCAGCAGAAAGCGAGGUGGCUCACCUCCGUGUCCGUCGAGGGUUCGGAUGCCCGUUCAACCAAGGAGCCUGUCACAAUCACUGUCGCAGCAUUCGGCGCCGGGGUGGCUACUGCGCUGGCAUAGUCAAGCAGACAUGCACUUGUUACAGGAAUUAAUGCCUCCUCAGCGGUGACCAGAUUUCACUAACAGCAUGAAUAUUUGCUAGCUGCAUCUACUAUUGAUUCUGGAGAUUCUUUAGCGUAUCAAAUAUUAACGCGGUUCUAUCUGAAUGGAAUUUACGGUCAACUUUCGGAGUAGCUACGCUUUUGAACAUUGUGUUAGUAGCUUUUGUGUACUCACACUGCAGUUUUGCUUUAGUAAGCUUAGAAUGCAGCUUCUAUUCCAUAUUUGCGAAAUGCUUUGCAGAUACGUUGUGAAGGUAACCAAAUGUGCGUAAUAAAAUUGUCAUGCUUUUAGCUGCACUGACUCAA